AUGCAUUCUCAUCAUUCCCAUUCUGGGGACUAUAUUGCACAUGGUGUCGAUCCUUUAGAUGAUAUGAUUCUCAAAGUAGAAAAGAUGAAAUUUCAUACAUAUUGUUUAACUGAACAUAUUCCAAGAAUAGAAUCCGAAUUUCUUUAUCCAGAGGAAAUCGACAAUACUGAUAGUAAUAACGGUACUGAUUCUUUGGCACAAUUACAAUUGAAUUUCUCAAAAUUCCUUGAGCAUGCACAAAGAAUUAAAGAUUUACAUAAAGAAGGUAAACCAAAUAUUAUAAUAGGUACUGAAAUUGAAGCUUGUAAUACAAAUCAUAUUCAAUAUGCUAAAAAAUUACUUUCAGAACAUAAAGAUCUGUUAAAAUUUUGUGUUGGUUCUGUUCAUCAUAUCAAUGGUAUACCAAUUGAUUUCGAUCAGGAAAAUUGGGAUAAUGCAUUAUCGUCAUUCUCAAAUAAAAACUUGAAACAAAUGUUAAUAUCGUAUUUCGAAUCACAGUAUGAAAUGUUACAAGUUUUACAACCAAAAGUAGUUGGUCAUUUUGAUCUAUUUAAAUUAUUCUGGCCUAAUGAUUUAAAGGUUAAUUCUAAGACAGGUGAUUGUAAUGUAUCCAAUAAUGAUGUGGAUAUCAUUACAAUUACACCAAUGACAUAUUUAAAUGCAUGGGAUGAUAUCAGACAAUUAGUGAUAAGAAAUUUAAAAUAUAUUAAUUCAUAUGGUGGUGCCAUUGAAAUUAAUACAUCGGCAUUACGUAAAGGAUUAGAAGAACCUUAUCCAAGUUCUAAUAUUGGUGAGUUGGUCAAACAACAUUGUCAAGGAAGGUUUGUCUUAAGUGAUGAUGCACAUGGAAUUGCACAAGUUGGUGUACGUUAUUUAGACGCAUUGCAAUAUAUUACACAAACUUUACAGUUAGACAAUAUGUAUUAUUUGAAAGAAAAUGGUGAGAAUAGAACUGUGCAAUUAGAGAAGAUACCAAUUGCGGAAUUUGUCAACAAUGAAUUCUGGACAUUACUGAAGGCAAACAAAUAA